CAAGCUCUUCUUCUUCUUCUUCUUCUUUUUUCCGGACUGGAAAGUCUUAGUAUUUCUUCACGAUCGAUUCUUACUUUUUUCAAACUCGAUAACAAAAGUACCAUGGCAGCGCCACCUGAGAAGUCCCCUGCCAAUUCAGGCAAAUCAGCUGAAAAUGACGAAAAGCUCGAUGCGAACGGAGUCAAUCAAAGUGAAACCGCCCACGAUGACGACGACGAUGAUGAUGAGGACUACGAAGAUAAAGAAGAUGAGGAGGGUGAGGAUGAGAAAGGUGAAGAUGAGGAUGUGGAGGAUGAAGAGAAGGAGGGGUCCGAAGAUGAGGAUUCGGAACAUGAAAGUCUAUUGGACGGGGAACUGGAAGGUCUAUUGCAUGAUAGAAAACUCCCUGCAGAGGAGCGCGACGAAGUGGUGUUCCAAAAUCCCAAGCUUGCAGCAUUACAGGACUCCCACAAAGAGAUACUCAACUUGAUCGAUAGCCUUCGAGAGCAAGGAUUGAGUCGCUAUGUUGCUCUUCCGGAGAUCGUCGUCUGUGGAGAUCAGUCCGCCGGCAAAAGCUCGGUGCUUGAAGCAAUAUCUGGAGUGGGAUUUCCAGUUAAUGAUGGAUUUUGCACCCGCUUCACGACAGAAUUGAUACUCCGUCGCUCGUCUAUGAGGCAAGCUUCUGCAAGAAUAAUACCAUCAAUCACCUCGACGCCUGAGCGGAGAAACAAGUUGGAAUCUUUCCAAAAGCACCAAAUCAAGCUGGAUAAAAUCGCUGAGGUGAUCACGGAGGCAAAAGCUUUGAUGGGUCUUGCUGAAGAUAGGGCAUUGUCCCGGGAUAUUCUGCGGCUUGAUAUAACCGGCCCGGAUCUGCCCCACUUGACUUUGAUUGAUCUUCCGGGCUUGGUUCACUCGAGCACCAAACAAGAGGAGGCCUUCCGCGUAGACCUGUCUAGGAAUUUAGUGGAGUCUUACAUGCAGCGUGAGCGAAGCAUAAUACUCGCUAUUGUCUCUGCUAAGAACGACUUUCAUAACCAGUUGGUUAUCAGUUUGGUUCAGAAAGAUGAUCGCGCUGACCGCACACUGGGAAUUGUCACAAAGCCUGACUGUCUGGCGCCAGGGUCUCCCAGCGAGGAGGAAUUUUAUAGGCUUGUCAAAAAUCAGGAAUUACACCUCGAGCUAGGUUGGCACAUGCUUCGAAAUGGUGGCUUUCUUGAGCGGGCAAAUCCCAGUUUCGAUCGCGACGAAGAAGAAGCUAGAUAUUUCAAGGAGACGAGUCCAUGGAGAGCUCUUCAGGAGAGCGAAAUCGGAGUGAGCUCAUUACGACAUCGACUGAGCGAGAUACUGCACAAACAGAUCCAAGAGGAAUUACCAGAACUUACCGGACAGCUACGUGACAUGCUUGAUGAAUGCCGGCGAUCUUUGGAGGUAAUUGGGCCUUGCAGAGAUUCGCCGGGCAAACAGCGAGUUUACCUUAUGAACCUCUCGAAGCGUUUCCAGACGCUUACCCGUGGGGCAAUCAUGGGCGAUUAUCUCGGAGACGAUUUCAAGAACAAAUUCUUUGACGUUGUCGACGCAGGUAGAGGUCAAUUUGGCAAUCGCCUGCGUGCCCGCAUUCGAGCUUUAACAGAGCAAUUCGCCAGCGAUAUGCGCAAAAGGGGACACAGUUUUCAGAUAAUUGACGGAGAUAACGGUGCACAGAUGCUCAACAUUGACCGAGGAGUCGACGCACCACCAGUCAAGUGGAAGUCCGAUUUCGUAAACGAGACACGAAUGCUGCUAGAAAAGAAUAAGGGUCUCGAGCUGCCAGGUCUUUUCUCUCCCUACCUCGUUGGUGAUCUUUUCAGGAUGCAUUCUAUCAACUGGAAAGAGAUAUCCGAGGAGUUUGUCUCUGAGACAUGCGAUGCCGCCCGAGAAUAUUUGGAAGAGCUGCUUGGCUAUAUUGCUGAGCCGUCAUCUAGCAAUAUUAUUCUCAACGAGUUGAUUGGGCCAGCAGUGGAUGAAAGGAACAGAAUACUUGACGAGAAGCUGAAAGAGUUGCGGAGCCCAUACACUGGGGCAUUUGCUAUGACGCAGAGCCCUAGAUUCAUCAGACAUGUGGAGCGCCUACGAAAGUUGCGGCUCGAGAAGGAGGGCCAACCAACAACGAACAAGAAUGUUGCCGGUACAGACACCUUUGCCUGCGUGGAGUUGAUUGACUGCAUGCAGGCAUAUUAUAACACAGUUAUAGAGGUCUUCAUCGAUAAUGUGAUAACCCUAGGAGUCGAGAAUUGCUUGAUGAAAGACAUGGAUGCCAUAUUUGAUCCCGAAAUGAUCAUUGAGAUGGAGAACGAAGAGCUGGCUAAGUUGGCAUCGGAACCAGCACAUAUUCGCGCUCGGAGAGAACAGCUUCUCGAACAGCAGGCCGUUCUUGAGAAUGGUCUCAACACGCUCCGAAAGCAGCAGAGAAAAAUGAGACCAAUCGAGCAUCGCUUCAGGAAAAACAACGAUCAGUCUGCGUCUACAACUUUUGGCGCUCCUUCACUGCAACAGAGAGACCAAAACGACUCUGUCAACGGUGAUAGAAACAGACCAUCCUCGCUCUCUAAUCCAAGUGAUCCGACACCUCAGCGAAACCCUGUUCCUUCGUCUGGAGUAGCUCCUUUCUCUGAGGCCAAAUCAACUGAUCACGGAGCACAACACACUUCUACCCAGACCUCGGGAGGUGCGACUCAUGGCAAAUCACCGUCUUCUUUCUUGGGGGGAAAUAACGUAAAUGUUCAGAGCAAGCCUAGCCCUUCUCCGUUUGGGGGCUCGAGCGGAAACCACCAAUCCGUAUUUUACAGCGGUCCUUUUGGCGGCAAGGUUCCAUCCGAUACGUUUGGGGGGUUUGGCAGUGGAAUUUCUACGGCGCAGAAUCAGCCUUUUGCUUCGAAUCCUGGAGGUUCUUCUUCAAGCAAUGCAGGGACGGGGAUCGGUUUCGGUGGCGGCUCAUCGUCUCCCUUUCAAGGUACUAAAUCUGUACCUCCAAAUGCCUUUGGAGCGGCGCCGACAAGUAGGUAGGCUCGUGUUUAAUUUUUCCUAGAUCGUUCAGAGAAUGAAUUAUUCAACAUGUAAACCUUCCCUCAGGGACACAAAAGCGGAGGAUCUUUUUCAUGCAUACUAAGUCAAUUCAUUGAGAAACCAUUCACUAAAGA